GAUUCGGUGAUCAUUGAUUUACGAUAUUGGUGACAUGUGUGAAUUAGUUGUUUAAUUAGAAUUUUAAGAAGAUAGGUUCAUAGAAAUUUCGUGAUAUUCGUUUUAAGUUUACUUAUAAUAACAUAUUUAUUUGACUAAAAUCUUGAAGAUGGUAGCUAAUAAUAUAAAGUCAAAGGGCGAAGAAACGUGUUUGAAAUUUUUGCCACAGAAAGGCGGAAUACUAUCUCAAUCGUUUAAGUUAAAAGCAUAUAAUUUAGAGCACAAAAAGCCACAUGUAUUUUCACAAUGUCAAUGGCAAAAAACAGCGGACACAUCCACGUGGUACCUGAUCUACCGCGCCGUGCACGUGGCGGCCUGCUUGGUAAUGUUCUUCGUCUCUGGUGGAGACCCAGGAGGUUUAAGGUUGAAGAACCCGAAUGGUUAUUAUGCAAAAUGGCCAAUUUACUUGACCCAUUGGGGCAUAACAUUGUGUGUAAUACAAAGUCUUAUGGCCCUGACACUUGUGGCACAUAGGAAACAUGAAGACAGAGAGUCAUCAUGUAAUGCAGUAGAGAGGAAUUCUGCUAAUAAUCCGUCAAGAAUGACACUUUUUGCGAAGACUUAUUGGGUGCUUCAUACGUUGACUGUCAAUUCGGCUAUUGUGAUAACAGCAGUAUAUUGGGUUAUGGUAUUUAAUCCAGAAGAGGGAUUCAACGUUGUCACUGUGAUGGUGCAUAUUGUCAAUUCUGUGGUUAUGAUCAUCGACUUGUUCCUGGUUGCACAUCCUGUGAGACUUCUCCAUAUGCAUUGGUCACUCAUGUUUGCUAUCCUGUAUCUGACUUUUAGCUGGAUAUACUAUUGUGCAGGAGGACUGUCCAGGAAAAUGGAACCAUUCAUUUACACCGCUCUGGACUGGCGGAAACCAGGCAUAUCUAUCGGAUUUUGUCUCUUCGGAUUGGUUUGUUAUGUCCUGGUCCAUACUUUAGUCUUUUUCCUCGCCUGGUUGAGAAGACUGAUAUAUCUUCGAGUAGUGAAACCACAAAAACCUGAUCCUGUCCACGCAUCACUUCUCUCGUUGCCGAUGGAAGUAAUAAUUAAUAAUACAGCUUGAAUUGAUAAAGUAAAGUCAUAUAAUUAAUUUGAAAUGAAUAAAUAAAUGACUGCCUUUAAUUGCAAACGAUAUUUGCAAAUGCAGACUGAUCGCUACGGGUACGAAUAUUUUUUGAAUUGUUUGAGUAAGCAUACACAUUUGAUUGAAAAUAACUGUUGCAUAAAAUGUAAUU